AAAUCGAGAGUCAUUUUUUUAUAUGGCUGCUUCGGAAUUGCUGACAGUCCAGCUUGCUUUUCUGUUCAUCGGACCAGCCUGAAACAGGAGGUAGGGCUGUGACCCUCGCGACAAUGCAAAGAAGCGGACCCAUUGAUGAAAAACCCCAAAUACCUACUACCUGCUGCCAGCCCUUCUGAUAGGGGUGUCUCAGGUUUUGACUAAACCGGUUUUCUUCGUUGAAGAAUCUUGAGCGACAGAGCGUGUUGCAUUGUUGGAGAAGGGAAGGACAUCUCCGUAUAAUUCAGCUUUGGUGGAUGAAAGGAUUUUUAAAAACUCUUCUUUCCGUUUUCCUUGAGGAUUAAUCCAGAAGGAUUGGCUGGGAGUGGGAAACAGAGCAAGACAUGUAAUGUGGCAGAGAUCUGGACCGGCUUCAGGAUGAAUCUGGACACCUCGCUUAGUAUAUGGCAGUGCUGUAGCUCCCAGAUGCCUUACCUUACCCUCUGCCCCCCCUUUCCAUAAACUGUCCCUCUUUUCCCAUCAAAUCCACCUCCAAAGAGAUCCUUUGGAACUCAGAAGUGGCCAGCUGAGGAGUGGAGAAUAAGUAUUGGGAGAAAAGGAAGGGCCACAUGUUCUCUCCCUUCCCAGGAGCAGAUAUGAAGUGCUGUUUCCAAGUUCUGGCUUCCCUGGUGUUACUGGGUGUGGUGUCAGCACAGAGACAAGUCACUGUCCAAGAGGGACCACUUUAUCGCACAGAAGGCUCCCACAUCACCAUUUGGUGUAAUGUCAGUGGCUUUCAGGGACCCUCUGAACAGAAUUUCCAGUGGUCCAUUUACCUGCCGUCUGCACCCGAACGGGAGGUGCAGAUUGUCAGCACGAUUGACUCUUCCUUCCCUUACGCUAUCUAUACCCAGAGAGUACGGAGUGGGAAGAUCUACGUGGAGAGAAUCCAAGGCAAUUCAGCCUUACUGCAUAUCACAGAACUGCAGGCCAGGGAUGCUGGGGAGUAUGAGUGCCACACCCCCAACACAGAUGAGAAGUACUUUGGAAGCUAUAGUGCCAAGAUGAACCUAAUAGUGAUCCCAGAUUCCCUUCAGGCAACAGCGACACCCCAGACUCUUCAGAAGGUGGAGCAGGACUCUCUGGAGCUGAGCUGUGACGUGGCCACGGAGACGUUGCAGCACAGCCACCUCUCAGUUACUUGGUACAGGCAGAGGACUGGUGAGAAGCCCGUGGAGGUGAUCUCCCUGAGCAGGGAUUUUGUGCUCCAUUCUAGCAGUGAGUAUGCACAGAGGCAGACCUUGGGAGAGGUCCGCCUGGACAAGUUGGGAGAGACAACCUUCAGGCUCACCAUUUACCACCUGCAGACAUCUGACCAGGGCGAGUUCUAUUGCGAGGCUGCCGAGUGGAUCCAGGAUCCUGACAAGUCAUGGUACCCCAUGACCCUCAAGCGUUCGGAAGGAACUGUGGUCAAUGUCCAGCCAACUGACAAAGAGUUCAGUGUUCGACUAGAGACAGACAGACGGCUGUACACAGUCGGUGAGCCAGUAGAGUUCCGCUGUAUCCUUGAGGCUCAGAACGUUCCCGACCGCUACUUUGCUGUCUCCUGGGCUUUCAACAGCUCCCUCAUUGCCAGCCUGGGACCCAAUGCUGUGCCUGUGCUGAACAGUGAAUUUGCUCAGCGGGAAAGCCGGGGCCAGCUCAAGGUGUCCAAAGAGAGUGACAGCGUCUUUGUGCUGAAGAUCUACCACCUCCGCCAGGAGGACAGCGGUAAAUACAACUGCAGGGUAACAGAACGAGAGAAAACGGUGACUGGCGAGUUCAUCGACAAAGAAAGCAAGCGCCCCAAGAACAUCCCCAUCAUUGUUCUUCCUCUCAAGAGCAGCAUCUCGGUGGAAGUGACCAGCAAUGCCAGCACCAUCCUAGAGGGAGAGAAUCUUCACUUUUCUUGUAGUGUGCGUACAGCAGAUAGAGCCCAGGGCCGCUUCUCAGUCAUCUGGCAGCUGUUGGACAGACGGAAUCGGCGAAAUAACAUCAUGUGGCUAGACCGAGAUGGUACAGUGCAGCCUGGCUCUUCCUAUUGGGAGCGCAGCAGCUUUGGAGGCAUCCAAAUGGAACAGGUUCAGCCCAACUCAUUUACCUUGGGCAUCUUUAACAGCAGAAAGGAAGAUGAAGGCCAGUACGAAUGCCAUGUGACCGAGUGGGUGCGGGCAGUGGAUGGUGAAUGGCAGAUCGUUGGAGAGCGGAGAGCUAGCACACCUGUCUCCAUUACUGCUCUGGAGACUGGCUUUGCUGUCACAGCCAUCUCUCGCACCCCUGGCGUGACCUACAGUGAAUCAUUUGACUUACAAUGCAUCAUCAAACCCCACUACCCAUCUUGGGUGCCAGUGUCAGUGACCUGGAGGUUCCAGCCUGUGGGCACCAUUGAGUUCCACAAUCUGGUGACCUUCACCCGUGAUGGUGGGGUUCAGUGGGGGGAGAGGUCCUCCAGCUUCCGAACUCGUACUGCCAUCGAGAAAGCAGAGUCCAGCAACAACGUACGUCUGAGCAUCAGUCGGGCUAGCGACACUGAGGCUGGCAAAUACCAGUGUGUGGCUGAGCUUUGGAGAAAGAACCACAAUAGCACCUGGACCCGCCUGGCAGAGAGAACAUCCAACCUGUUGGAGAUAAGAGUUCUGCAGCCAGUGACAAAGCUACAAGUGAGUAAGUCAAAGAGGACGAUCACCUUGGUGGAGAACAGGCCCAUCCAGCUGAAUUGUUCGGUAAAGUCUCAGACCAGCUCGAACUCGCACUUUGCAGUCCUCUGGUACGUCCACAAGCCCUCUGAUGCAGAUGGGAAGCUCAUCUUGAAGACCACCCACAACUCUGCAUUUGAGUACGGCACCUAUGCUGAGGAGGAGGGCCUGCGGGGGAGGCUGCAGUUUGAGAGGCACAUGUCUGGUGGCCUCUUCAGCCUAACCGUCCAGAGGGCGCAGGUCAGCGAUAGUGGGAGCUACUACUGCCAUGUGGAAGAGUGGCUUUUGAGUCCCAACUACGCCUGGUACAAGCUGGCAGAAGAAGUUUCAGGACGGACUGAGGUCACAGUGAAACGGCCAGAUAUCCGCCUGAAGCUGAGCCAGACCCAAGGUAACAUCACAGUUCUGGAAACCCAGAAGGUAGAACUGGAGUGUGUGGUCCUAAAUCGUACCAGUGCGACUUCCCGGCUUGCUGUGGAAUGGCAUGUGUGGAAGCCCAACCACCCGGAGAGAGAAACAGUCGCCCGCCUGAGUCGAGAGGCCACCUUCCACUAUGGAGAGCAGGUCGCUAAGAACCAUUGGAAGGGAAGGCUGCAUUUGGAAAGCCCUUCUCUGGGAGUUUACCGCCUCAUUAUCCAGAAUACUGCUGUUCAGGACAGUGGGACAUACAACUGCCUGGUGGAGGAGUGGCUGCUGAGCCCCAGCGAUGUGUGGUAUAAACGGGCCGAAGAUUCAUCUGGACAGACAAUUGUCACGGUAUUGAGACCAGAUGCCACGCUGCAAGUGGACACCGUUGUACCCAACGUCACAGUGCCAGAGAAGUCCCCUUUCCAACUGGACUGCAACAUCUUAUCCCGUUCAAGUCAGGACUCCCGCUUUGCAGUUGCCUGGUAUGCUCUCAGGACUAAAGCAGGAGGAAAGAAAGGCAGCAUGCUGGAGGAUGAGGAAAUAGAGCGGAAGGCCAUGCUAAGUGUGGGCCCCGACGCCAUCUUUGGCCCUGAGGGCAAUCACUGGGAGGGCAGGCUCCGGUUCCAGAGACUUUCACCCGUGCUCUAUCGGUUGACGGUCUUGCAAGCAGAUCCCAGUGACACAGGCAACUACUCCUGCCGAGUGGAAGAAUGGCUGUCCAACCCUCAGAAAGAGUGGUAUCGACUCACUGAGGAGGAAUCUGGCCCAAUUGGCAUCCAAGUUCUUGACACAGGGUCCACACUCCAGUCCAUCAUAUGCUCCAACGAUGCCCUCUUCUACUUUGUGUUCUUCUACCCCUUCCCCAUCGUCGGCAUUUUGAUCAUCACCAUCUUACUGGUCCGUUUCAAGGGUAGGAACUCUAGCAAGAACUCUGAAGGCAAGAAUGGAGUGCCCUUGCUGUGGAUUAAAGAACCUCAUCUUAACUAUUCCCCAACUUGCUUGGAGCCUCCUGUUCUCAGCAUCCACCCAGGAACCAUAGACUAACGGGAAGACUGGGGCGGAUGUGGCACAUCAAGGAGCAGAUGGAUCUCUAUUGCUUCCGUUCCUCUGUCUGUACAUUUCGUACUGUAGGACAGCAGCCGCUAGACUCUGGAGUCCCCUGCCUAGAGGGUUUUCAGACUUGAAAAGUUUUAUAAAAUCCCCCAGCCAGUGACAGAGAUAGACACUUGUUGCUGGCACCCAGCAGAGCCCCUCUGCUCUUUAUUUCCGUUGCCUGGCUAGUUACUCUGGUUCUGAUGUUAUAACCCUACUGUUAGAGAUUUCUUCUUGGAACAUAGUGAGUACUUCCUGGAGCCACUUUGACUGAUUAACUUAUGGUAUUCUUUGAUGGUUGUCAUAGGGGUUUGUUUGUGGGGGUUUUCGGUCCAGAUUUUAAAAUCACUUUGGUUCAGCCUUUUUGAAUGGAUGGAACCCCCUCACCCCCAACUGAUUGCAAAAAUAACCAAGUACUAUGGACUGAUGAGGGGCCUUUUUUGAGACUUUCUUUUGCACAUUUUUUAAAAGCUACCCCUGAAUCAAAAUAUUCCAAGCUGUUUUACUUGCAUAAAAAUAUUUGAAAGUGGUGUGUAGCACAGGCCCAAUUUGUAUUUUUUUUUUCCCUUCAGCCCAGCCCAGAGUGGUUUGAAUCACUUUGUAGUCAAGAUGAAAGCCUCAAAUUUUACUUCAAAGGACCAUGUGCAUAGAAGAGAAAAGGAGUACUGCGGAAGCCCAUUAGGAGCAGAUGUUGACUUGCUAAUUUGCCUAUCAGACCAAAAAGGCUUCACCAGGAGUUUGCCCCCAAAAAAAGACUUGGACAAGGAGGUCAAAGUUCAACAAUACUCCUCCAAAGUAACAGAAGGAGAGCUGUUUUCCAUUCAUUUUUAUCAGUUAGUAGAUUAGAGAGGAAAGGAAAAUUGCUCGAUUCCCAUUGGUUUGGUCACUGGAAGAUGGCAGUGACCUUGGAGUGCAUGAGACCUUAGUUUAUAAUGCUUUGCCAGGCCUUUAAGGAGGCCAAGCAUAUGGUGAGCCAGGAGCCAGGCUCUAAUGAGGCAGCGCAUAUUGUAGCAAGUCAGUAGAUGGCGGGCACUAGGGACUCCCACCAAUCAGAUUUGUUGAGAGUGGGAGAUUGAGAGGAGAGGGGAAGGAUUUCCUAGGCUUGAAAUUGGUGAAUAAUAACCACCAUCCAUUCCUAAAUAAGUGAUUUGAACCUCCAAGAAAUAGGCGUUGCUUUUGGCUAUCAUUAAUCUUUCUUCCUAUGUCCUAUCUUCAGAAAAAUGUUGUCUGGGAUUGAGGGAAGAGGAGAAUUAUCCAGUAUGCGCUAGUAUAAGUUUUUAGUAGCUUGAGUACCUUGGCUUUUUCUAGUCUUAGUGGGAAAGGAGCCAGUGCCAUUGUCUGUGGAUGCUUUUCUUCCUUACCCACUUAGAUCUUUUUUUUUUUAAUAGUUUUAGACUUGUCAUUUAGCAGUACCUUGGACUUUUGUCCCCUGGCCCAAUCCUUGAGUCUUCCUGUUGAGAAAGGUUAAUUCUUUAGAGCCUCCUAGACGUGACCUGGGAUGAUGCUACCACCAUUGCUUUGCUACUCUGGGUCAUCAGUAUAGUAAAGAUAAGGGGGGCUCAAUUACUUUUCCUCCUCUGUCCCUCCCCCCUUUUCAUGAAGAUGUUUGUUUCCAGACUUUUUCUUCACCUGUUUAACUUGACCAACAGUGCCAGGUGGUGGUGGCAGCCCCCAGCUGGUCCAAAUCUCAAACCCCAGAGUAGCCCCCAGUCUGGAGGAACCCCAUCUCUCCCACCUUGUGACCUUGACACUCUACCCUCUCUCGACCCCCCAGAUCACGCUAUAUGUUGAAACUGAACUCUCACAAGUUUCCUAGAACUCUAGCCUAAACUAGGAGAAGGAUCCAGAGGAUAGAUAGCUGAGGAACUUUCAGGCCACACCAGGCUUGACUCCAGCCCUCAGGGUGGUCCCAGGAGUCUCAGCAUUUUUGUGUAGGGAGCAGUGUGUUCAUUAGAUGCUUUUCACCUGUUUUUCUGCUAAACCACCUGCAGUGAGGUGAUCAGCCUAGUAGUCGUUUUUUUUCCGACAGCCUGGCAUGACCAGGGCUGGUUAGCACCAGCCAUACCAGUACUCUACCUUCAGAGAACACCUAGGCACUGCCACCUUAAUCAUCCUGGCUGCCUAACCCUCUUCCUUUGGCUUAUUUUUAUUAUCUACUCUAUCAGCAUUUCGAACAUAUGGCAUUAUCUCAGUUGUCAUUGUGUUGGGAAACGAAACAGUCUUUGGGAAUUUGUAUUUCUUGCCACCUCUAUUUCAUUUCAGGGCAGGUGACUCCCUACUAGAAGGAGCCAGAAUAGACUGGAGGCGGGUGGGGAAAGACUCACUUUUUCUGUCUGAAAGGGAAAGGUGCCAUAGGGUGGGAUGGGUGAGCUGUUUCUUUCCAAGAUGUUCGUGGUAACUCGGAAGGAAGCCACCUCAAGCUGAUUGGCGCUUAGAUGAAGGGAGAAGAUGCUACAUGGCACAAAGCGUGUCAAAUUCAUCAUAAGAAAUCUUCUAUUGAAAAAGAAACCGAAGCCAGUAUUUUAUGAUGAUGCUGUUUUUUCCUUCUGUAUGUAUUUCAUCACCCAGGGAUGUCAUCAAAGGGUGAACUUGGCCUUUUGCCCAGGACUCUCCCUAUGGCCGUUUCCAUGGGAAUGGUUUGCUUUCUGUGGACCUUAAGACAAAUGGUCAAAUGGCGCCCUCCAGUGGCCCCAGUCCUUCAUUUCACAUUGUUUUCUGGGGCUUUGUCCCUCCCUGGUCCCAAGGAGGAAAAACAGCUUUGAUCUAUUGUUAAGUAACCUUUGGUAUAAAUGCAAUAUUAAUGAUGGCGCAUUUAUGAAACAACUACACUGUGCUAGGCCCUUUGAAGGGACACAGACAAGAUGAAGACCUUCUUCACCAGGGUGUUUCUAUAAAAAGUUUUAUUAUUCUUUCCAAACAACGGUUCUUCUGCAUUAACUUGAGUUGGAGCAAAAAGGAGGGGAGGAAGGACAUUGCCCAUGCAUGAUGUGGAAAGCUGUUGGAUUUUUUUUUUAAGAAAACUAUUUGUAUGAUGUUGCACUAAAAAUGUUUUAUAAACACUUCAGAGACCUGUAGUAAAUUAUGUUGAAAAUAU